UGACUCUCCAAACGCUCUCUCUCUCACACACACACACACACACACACACACACACACACACACACACACACACACACACACACACACACACACACAGACGUGCUGAAUAGCUCAGCAUCAUCAUUGUCCUCCUCCUCAUCUUCCCAUCAGCGUGUACACGAGCGCUCAGCAUCGUCACUGACAGCAGCACGAGGGAUUCUGUGAUACAAUGAAACAAACGCGCGUAGAUCCAUCUGAAGGUUUUCUCUAGCUCUCUCUGAGCAGAAGUGUCUCUCGUUCUCCUGAUCAGCUCUGUCAUGAUGUCACGGUACCAUCAGCGUUUUGAGCGGGAUUUCCGCGGUGUGUGGGAGAGGAGGGAGCGAUGUGCCACCAACAGCACCUGCGGCGGCACCGUUAAUGGCUGUGUCUCCACAUCUGCCUCCUCCGUUCCCAACAGCGGCAACAACCGUCCCGGCCUCCUCCCCCUGCCCAUCAUCCCCUCGCUGCUGCCCACUCCAGUCACCGGGACAACCAGCACAUCCAAUAGUGAGCAGACCUGCAAGCGAUUAGCUUCCACCUGUACGACCUCCACUACUAAGGUCUCUGGGCACCCGUCGGCAGACACGCAGACUCAGGGCCAGGUCCUGGCUAAUAGUGUCCGGUGGGGACAAACACCCAUUAACCAAUCCACGCCCUGGGACACGGACGAGCCGCCGGCAAAACAGAUGAGGGAGAAAGAUAUCACAGCUCCUCUAUGGCCGCCACAAGUUGCUGCCUCCGUCAGCCAGGCUGGACUCUUGACGCACACGUACGCCUUGCCGCAGGCACCAGCUUACAGCCAGUGUGUGACCGUCCAAGCGCCCAUUGUCGGCGUGACCCCAGCGCUCCAGACUCCUCACCCGCAAUUACCCGCACACUACCAGCUCCCACAGCAGCCUUCACAGCCGAUGACCAGCAUGGUCCUCAACAUCCAGAGCCAAUCUCUCACUGUUGGUGGCCUGCCCCCAAUGCCCAGCAUCUGCCAGGUUGCCCAUCCUGUCCACACGGUGAUGGGCAACGGUCACCUGAUUCACCCCAUGGUGCAAUCCGCCGCCAUGACCUCCUCAACGCUGCCCACCAAUGGACCUCUGACGAAUGGCCAACAGGAGACCACCAACAAUGGCCUGCAGAUGCUGAGAACGGUCGGACUGGGGAAAUAUGAAUUUACAGACCCCUGGCAUCCCAAAGAAAUGUUGAAGGAAUUGAACCAGCAGCGGAGAGAGAAAGAAUUUACAGACCUGAAAAUAAUUGUUGAAGGCAAAGAGUUUGAAGUCCAUCAAAAUGUUCUAGCUUCCUGCAGCUUGUAUUUCAAGGACAUGGUGAAAAGGUUAUCGGGCGAGAACAGAAACGGUGAGAAGAUGCAGCUGACGAUGAGCAACAUCAAUUCAGAUGUUUUGGAGCUUCUCCUGGAGUUUGUUUACACCGGCUCCCUCAUUAUUGACUCGGCCAAUGCCAAGACCUUACUGGAGGCGGCCAACAAGUUUCAGUUCAACACGUUCUGCAAAGUUUGUGUCUCCUUCCUUGAGAAACAGCUGACAGCCAGUAACUGUCUGGGAGUGCUGGCCAUGGCCGAGGCGAUGCAGUGCACUGAGCUCCACAACAUGGCAAAAGCCUUCGCCCUGCAGAACUUCCCUGAUGUGGCCAGUCAAGAUGAAAUCUUGAACAUUUCCAAAGAAGAUCUGGUUAGUUACAUGUCCAACGACAGCCUGAACACGAAAGCUGAGGAGCUGGUCUAUGAGACAGUCAUCAAAUGGAUUAAAAAGGAUCCCAGCAGCAGAGUUCAGCAUGUGUCUGAGCUGUUGGCGGUGGUGCGGCUUCCGUUCAUUCAUCCCAGCUACCUGCUGAACGUGGUGGACAACGAGGAACUAAUCAAAUCUUCAGAGGCCUGCAGGGACCUGGUGAAUGAAGCCAAGCGCUACCACAUGCUGCCACACGCCCGCCAAGAGAUGCAGACGCCCAGAACCCGCCCGCGACUGUCUGCAGGUGUCGCUGAGGUGAUCGUGCUGGUGGGUGGGCGGCAGGUCAUCGGUAUGAACCAGCGCUCGCUGACAGCCGUCACUUGCUUCAACCCUCAGAACAACAAGUGGUACCCCCUGGCCAGCUUGCCUUUCUACAACCGCGAGUUCUUCUCCGUCAUAUCGGCGGGGGAUAAUAUCUACCUGUCAGGUGGCAUUGAGUCGGGAGUCACGCUGGCAGACGUGUGGUGCUACAUGUCCCUGCUGGAUAAUUGGAAUCUUGUGUCUCGGAUGACAGUCCCGCGGUGCCGGCACAACAGCGUGGUUUAUGAUGGCAAGCUUUACGCCAUCGGAGGCCUCGGAGUGGCCGGAAACCUGGAUAAUGUGGAAAGGUACGACACCAUCACUAACCAGUGGGAGAUGGUGGCUUCUUUGCCCAAACCUGUCCAUUCUGCAGCAGCGACUGUCUGUGGAGGGAAGAUAUAUGUGUUUGGAGGGGUGAAUGAGGCCGGUCGCUCUGCUGGAGUACUUCAAUCAUAUGUGCCUCAAACCAACGCCUGGAGCUUUAUUGAGUCGCCUAUGAUCGAUAACAAAUAUGCCCCGGCUGUGACUCUUAAUGGAAACAUCUUCAUCCUUGGAGGAGCAUACGCCAGAGCCACAACCAUCUACGACCCCAAGAAAGGAAAUAUCAAAGCAGGACCCAACAUGAACCACUCCAGACAGUUCUGCAGUGCGGUGGUCCUGGAUGGGAAGAUCUAUGCGACCGGUGGCAUCGUGAGCAGCGAGGGCCCUGCGCUGGGAACCAUGGAGGCCUUCGACCCCUGUGCCAACAUGUGGACGCUGCAGCAGAGCCUGCCUUGCCCACUCUUUAGACACGGCUGCGUGGUUAUUAAGAAGUACAUUCAGAGCGGGUGACGCUGACGCAGGCGAACACGACCUCACCGCCUCUAGCACACCGGACACCCACUUUCCACAUGCCCAGGAUUAUGUGCUGAUACAGAAGCCUCGCUCACUUUCUGACACCCACUCAGAUGAAGCUAAUCUUCUCUGCCGGGUACAAACAGGCCUUCAUGUAAUAUAGCGCACCUGACAGAGCUGUCGUUGAUGUGUUUCGUGGCUCUAGCCUUAAUGCUCUGUGGCCAUUGGGACUGAACCAUUUUACCUUUCUACAUAAUUCCUUUUUAUCUGUUUAUAAAUUUCUGUAGCAUAUUUUGCAUUGCUACCAUUUUAAUUGUUUGCAUAAUGUUUGUUUCUUUUUUCUUUGAGCAAUACUGUAAAAUGACACCAUUUGGUUUCGUUAACUCGUGUAAUGGUUCACUCAGUUGUAUCACUAUUUCAUCAUAUCCGAUUCACAAGCAAUUUUUAAUAAAGUAGGGGAGCAAAGGGAUAAAGUGCUUCUCUAAAAGUGCACUAAAACCUCAUUUGACCCUUUGAUAAGCUCCGCCUGCCUUAGUUACUGUUGCUCACUCAGACAAACUUGACAAGAAUGGUGCAAUUGUUAGUAAAAUGAGCUGGUAAAAUGGAUUGGAUAUUAUUCUUACGCGGGCUGGAAUGAAGCGUGACAUUGCAGAGGAUCUGUUAUCUGCCGUUUGGAUUCGAAACUGAUAAAUUACGCAGUAACGUGAUUAAAAACUGCAGAGACUGUGAACAGAGACUGCCAAAUGCUUCUCACAGUCACUGAAAAGAGAAAAGCAAUUACAGCUGAUCACAUUAGUGUAAGUGAACAGAACUGCUUUCGCCAAUAUGACCGGAAUCAAUAUAUGAAAUGACAUUUAAGUUAGAAACAUGCAGUUAUAUUGGAGCAGCGAUACACUGAAAAAAAAAAAAAACAUGAUUCAUGAUUAGUAUUUUGACUUGUUUUCCAGUUUAAAUAAUUACAAAUCUUUGAAACCAGAUAAAUUCACUAAAGAAGCAAAAUCUGCCAGUGACAGACAGAACACAUAUAUUUACAUAUAUUCAAAUGUAAUAUCUUAUUCAGUGUUGCUUCUUAAGUAGAUUUAUCUUGUUUUCAGGUUUAUUGGAUAUGACUUUUAAACAAGCAAAAAAUAAAUAAAUCUGAAUUAAAAACUUUAUUUUUGGCAGUUUUUUUUUCAUUCCCAUGUUGAUUUGGGAAUAAGAGCUUUAUUUAUUAUUUAAUGAUUUGAAAGUGCAUUUAAAAAUUCGAACAAUUACAUUAGAAUGGAACCAAAGCUUGUCUGAUAAUAUGGUACAUAUGACAACAGUUGCUAAGGUAGAGCUGGCGAGGGGUCAAUUAAAACCAGGCCUGGAGAGAAUCUGUUUUUAGGGAAGGUGGGGAAUCUGUGGAAUGAAUGCAAACAAGUCCUCCACUUCAACCACCUGGCUCCAUUAUACUUUAAAAAAUGUAGGUGUAUGUGAGGCAGAUUCUAUCUGAGCCUGAUUAUAACUCACAUGUGCACAAGUUUAACUUGAUAUUAGUUUUAUAAUAAGAUAUGAGUCAAACACAGAAGAGUAUAUUUAUAUGAGAUGUGUAAAGACCUUCCCUUAACAGGAGAAGAUGGCUUUUGAGUCUCUGCUCUUUCUAACACCAUCCACCAUAAGACCUUUAAUUGGGGGCAUCUUGGACCGGAAGGUGAAGGUGAAGGUGGGCUUGAUCACCUUGAAAUGGGCUGAUAUGGCAUUUGUAGCUUGAUUUUUUUUUUUUUUUCUUUUCUUUUUUUUUUUCUUUUCUUUUCUUUUCUUUUCUUUGGAACGUUUCACUCUUUUCUUGCACGCAGCCAAAGCACAAAAUAUUUGAGACUCGGAGAGAGAACAGGAAGUGUUUGCCUUCAUUUCCUCUGCAUUGCCAAACCACCAAGUGGUGAAACACGCUGUCUGACAGGGAGGACGAUUCUCUGUACACGAAAGAAAAGUUUAUUUUAGGAACUUUACAUGUAAAACUGUUUCUAGACAAAAUGUAUAGUAUGUUAAAGAAAUGUUAUGUACAAAACACAAGCUGUUAUCGUUUGAAUUAAUGAUUGUGUUUCAUCAUUAAUUAAAACAAUAACAUAUUCGAAAUACAAUGUGCAUUCGUAAUGAAAA